UACCCAAGCACUUCAAACCGGAAAACCCCAACUGACGCACCACUAUAAAUAUAGCCGCAAGCAAUUCUUGCCAUUUCCUCAAACCAAUCGACAUAGCACACUAAGAAAGCUCCUAGCACAGAUCAGGCACAGUUUUUUUCCAAGAUGAGCGUGGAGAUCCUGGACGGGAGGACGGUGCAGAGCUUCGUGGAGGACGAUGGAGCCUUCAACGCCUCCGUCGACGGCCGGUUCGCCGCCCUCGAUACCAACCACGACGGCCUCCUCUCGUACCCGGAGAUGGCCUCGGAGCUUAUGAGCCUCCGGGUCCUGGACAAGCACUUCGGCAUCGACGAGGCCGGCGUCCUAGGGCCCGACGAGCUCACGGGGCUCUACCGCGGCCUGUUCGCGCGCUUCGACCGCGACGGCGACGGCGCCGUCGACAAAGAGGAGUUCCGGGCGGAGAUGAAGGAGGUGAUGCUCGCCGUGGCCAGCGGGCUCGGAUUCCUGCCCGUGCAGAUGGUCGUCGAGGAAGGUAGCUUCCUCAAGGUGGCCGUCGACAUGGAGCUGGCCAAAGCUGCUUAACGGAAUUUUGUUUGUACUUGUACGAGUAUACGUUGCAGAGUCUGCACUAGGUGUAAUGCUUUCUUUCUUCUUCUUCCAGACAAGA